AUGGAGGUUCCACGCGUGGGACAAAGUAUUAGCCCCACCAGUCCAUGUGAGGAUAUGAUUAAAAAUCUCAGUCUGGAGGCGAUUAAAUUGUGUGACAGAGAAGGAAAUAAAUCCCAGGACAGCGGGAUUGCCGAAAUGGAGGAACUUCCUGUUCCUCGGCACAUUCAAAUCAGCAACAUCACCUGCGACUCCUUUAAAAUCUGCUGGGAAAUGGACUCCAGAGCCAAGGAGCGCAUCACACACUAUUUCAUUGACCUCAACAAGAAAGAGAACAAGAACUCUAACAAAUUCAAACACAAGGAUGUUCCGACAAAACUGGUGGCCAAAGCGGUGCCCUUGCCAAUGACGGUCCGAGGCCACUGGUUCCUGAGUCCACGCACUGAGUAUACUGUAGCUGUGCAGACAGCAUCCAAACAGGGCGAUGGAGACUAUGCAGUGUCUGAAUGGAGUGAGAUCAUCGAGUUCUGCACAGCAGAUUACUCUGCUGUCCAUCUUACACAGUUACUGGAGAAAGCUGAAGUGAUUGCUGGCAGAAUGCUGAGGUUCUCAGUGUUCUAUCGCAACCAACACAAAGAAUACUUUGAUCAUGCCCGGGAGAAUCAAGGCAACAUGAUGCUACCAUCUGUUAAGGACAACAGUGGGAGUCAUGGCUCGCCCAUCAGUGGCAAACUGGAGGGCAUAUUCUUCAGCUGCAACACCGAAUUUAACACUGGCAAACCCCCACAAGACUCCCCAUAUGGCCGCUACCGCUUCACAAUCCCUGCGGAGGCACUGUUCAACAAAAAGACAAACCUGUACUUUGGGGACUUUUACUGCAUGUACACUGCGUACCAUUACGUCAUCCUGGUCCUGGCUCUAGAGGGCUCAAAAGGAGAUGAGUUCUGCAAGCAGCGACUGCCAGCAUUGGACAUCUCCAAUAACCGAUUUCUGACCUGCGUGGAGGAUGAGGACGGCCAGCUGGUUUUCCACCAUGCACAGGACCUCAUUCUGGAGGUCAUCUACACUGACCCUGUGGACCUCAACCUGGGCACGGUGGCCGAGAUCAGCGGCCACCAGCUCAUGAGCCUGUCGACAGUCAACGCCAAGAAAGACCCCAGCUGCAAGACCUGCAAUAUCAGCGUGGGACGCUAA